AUGAAAAUAUAUAAAAACCUCAAGAGCACUGGAUUAUCGAACUUAAUCAUUACUCAUUAAAACAGAUAAAUCGGCUAUAUUAGUUUAAAUUAAACUAUAAGGAAAAAAUUUAAUCCAAAAAAGGCCUUAAGACUAUUUACUGAGGUCUUUGAUAGUGAUAAUCAAGAUUAUGAGUCAGACAUUAAGAAUAUUAGUUUAGGCAUCACUAAUAAUGAUCCGAGAUACUUCUCAUAAAACUAGGAAUAUUUAGAUCAGACCUACAAUUAUAAGUAAAAGGAUUAAUUAAGUGAGACUGAAUAAAUCUAGGAGAAUUUCUAUUUAGAUAGAUAAACUUAUAAAUAGCUUCUUGAGAAAUAUAGAAAAGUAAAUGAUGUUACAUAUGUACAUAUUGAUUAGCCAGAGUCUUUCAGAUCAUCAAACGUAUUGUUUGUUGGCGCAGAUUUCGAGGACUUUACCUUAAAGAAUAUAUACAAAUCUUUAAACGUAUUCAAGCCUGACCUAGUUUUACUUUAAUUAAGGCCAGAUGAUGUGCUAAAUCAGUUCAGUACUGACCUAGUGAAAGUGAAUUCAGAAACAAAUGAGGUUUAAUUGGAUGAAGAGAAAUAUUUAAGCUAAAUUGUAAGAGAAGGAUGGGAGCUAUAUCCCAAUACUAAAUUGAUAAGAUAUAUACAAAAAGAUCUUAAGAUGGAUGGAAUGAUUCUUAGUAAGAUACCAAUAAGCUAGGAUGAAAGAUUAUAUAAAAGUAAACUAUCUGCAGUAAAGAAAUUUGAAGAUUAUUCAUCCUAAUCAGAGAGAGAAAAUAGAUUGAAUGCUGAAAUUAUUGGCACUUGUGCUUUAUGGGCUGAGCAUCAUAAAGCUAAACUUUGCUUGGGAGAUAUUCCUAAAAGCCUGCUCAAGUACAACACUAUCAAUUCAUAUCCUUUGCUGGAUUUUGAAGAUCAAUACAAAAAUACUACUUUUAAAUCAUUUUAAGAUGAUAUUUCACUUUAUUAAGCAGCUUUAUUGGAAUGCCCUGAUUUUUUAUUGUCCAACACUGAUGAAUAUAUGGCAGCCUUAAUAAACAAAUUUUCAGAGUAGUAUAAGAAUAUAAUGGUUAUUUGUGGAUAUGGGUAAUCUAGAUCUAUUCCCUAUUAUCUAUAUUACAGCUAGAAGGUGAAUAAGGUCGGUAAUAAUCUGAACGAAAUUGUAAAAUACAAAAAUGUAUAUGAAAAUAUUGUUAGAUAAGAUAAUGAAGAGAUGCUAAUAGAUAAGUUGCUAAUAUUUGACAGUAUUCUGAACAAUAACUAGAAUGAACUUGAUCAUAUCAGUGAAAAGCUCAUAAGACAGAGAAUAUCUAAGAUCACUCUUAACAAUUCGAGUAUGAGAUAUGAUAAAAGAGUUAGUUAGUUUUCAAAGGUAUAUGAAGAGAGAUUAAUCGAAUUAUAUAAUGGGCUUAGAGAAAAGAAAUACGGGGAAAUAAUUCGUGAAUAAAGGUAGAAGGCUGCCUAAGAUUUGGAAAAGCAAAUUAAAAGAAUUGCUAAAGAUAAUCCAGCAUUUAUUAGAGAACUUCCUUGA